CCGAAGUGCCGGGAGCUUCUUCGGCUGUGCGGCGAGAAAGCCCCCCGCUAAGUCAAGAGCGUGGAACUCAACUCCGUAUUCUUCUCCCCAUUUCCCGAGACGAGAGUAAUUUCGUUGCUCGUAUUAUUAACAAUCAUAUUUUUUUUAUUGUGGUUUUCCCUCCUGGUGUGAAGGCGACGCUCCUAAGAUUUUUUACCUGAGGCCUCAGCCGCCGGCUGUGGUGGUGGCCAUGUUCUGGCGACGAACCAGAGCUUGAUAUGGACAAGCAACUAGCUUCCGACAUCGAUCAUGCGGCCGAAGGGGAGGAUCUGAGAGACAGCCCACUUGACAUGCGCGGUGGUUCUCGUGGGCGACAGGCAGUGCAGCAGACGACGAAGAUAAUCGUGAUCCAAAGCGUCCCGUCAGCAUCAGCGCCUCUUUCAUGGCUGCAAAAGCCGAACUUCCUCGUUGCUCUGAGUCGGCCCUUUUGAGCCGCAGAAUCGCAUAACGAGAAAAAAAAAAUAAAAAAAAAGAGCCACGAGGGGGAUUCCUUGUCCGCCGAGACUUGAUGCUCUCGUCUGAUUGGCUAACGGUUUAUGGUUGAUUAGUCAUGAAUAACAGCCCCUAUUCCUUCCUGAACCGGUAAGUCAGGGCUUCUCUUUGUUGGCCGUCGAGAAGGAUUUGAUGUUUUAGGGGCCGAGGCUGCAGGUGGUUGGACAGAACUAAAGGAAAGCGACUAUGUAGAUUGUACGUUUGAAGAUCUUCCCUGCAUAUCCUCGUCGAGCCUGCUUGUCGUACUUGUAAGUGCUUAUUUUGUCGUUUUCUAAGGCAAAGGCUUUCUUUUGAUAGUAGUUAUCAUUGCAAAAUUUGUCUUCUCGAUGGUCAGGCUUAAUUCGUCCAAUCACCUCGGCAAGGAAGUCAAAGCAGUAUUCGUGGAGAUCGGCUUUGGUUUGUCAUCCGUCCGUUCUAGUCACCGCCGCUAAGUCUUGUUCAUGAUCAAGUUAUUUCUUAGCAGACUCUGGAUGAAUUUCCAUCAGACCAGGAUAACCAUAGGGUGUAAAAGGCGAGGCAGAGCAGUAACUGCAGUGACCAGCAGUGAUCAAGCCGUGUGGUCUUCAUUAUAGACAAUGAAUACACCCCCAACGUGUAUCUAUUCGUUCAAGUGGAUAAAUUAUCGUCAUACCGCUCAAAUGCUGCUAAUUGGAAGAGAGGUGUAGCUAUGAAAUCCGCGGGAAAUAGGUAUUGCAUUAGCAUAUAUGAACUUUCAUAUCCCCUUAAACCAUACCUGUGUAUUUUCAGCAGCGGUGAUGGACGUGCACAGGUCUCUUGCUUGAGCGAUAGUCCCCCAUUGCAUGUAUAGGGAGUAUGCAGGUAGCAAUAAUAUAUAUCUCUGGUAUACGGGUGGUAUACAAGCAUAAAUUAAUAUGAAAACCAUCUUCUGUGGUCUGUGUUUCUUUUCUCUUGUUAUCUCUUGUAACUUCGGAUGCAAUGAAUCUAGAGAUCCAGAAAGCCUGUUAACCACAAUAUGUGAUAGUUAUUCGACUGAUAGUAGAGCCGGAAUUUUAUAGUACUCAGGCUAAGAAAUAGUAUAGGUUAGGGCUUCAGGGUUAUGGUAGUGAAGGAUAAGAGUAUCAAAUUUUGCACUGUAUUGAGCUCAAGAGUCUCUAGCAAUGGCAGUGGCUUUCAAAAGUCACCUCAACAUCUGUCAAUAUGCAUUCGGUUUUAGGAUUCUGGGAAAACGAGGUAGCUCUGGGUUUUCUGAUAGAUCUUGAGAAAGCUACUCCUGUGUCGAAACUCAAGAGGGUGCACUGCCAGCCUAUCGUUGCUUCGGACAGAUGUAUUGACUUCGGAGUGUCAAAGCGCAUAGAAAAAACGCUUUCGACUUGAUCCACGGCUCAAUUCAACACAAUGAGUAUCAGAUAUAUAAUAUCUGGUGGCAGAUAUUUCCAUUGCAGAGCCUCUAAAGAAGCAAAAAACGCAGCUUUUGGAGGUUGACGCAGUAAAUUAAGUUCACUGGCCUUCAUGUCAAAAGCAUAUGCAUUACCAUACGUAAGCUGUAGCGGCUAUAUAAUAGCUCUUCGACAUGUAGGCAUAUUCAUAGAAGCUCAUUGUAUCUUACAUUCAACUUGAACCUGUUUGUUGAUAGAUGGCUGGUUAGGGAAACGGAAAAGUCAUCACGUGAUUCUUGGCAUCCAAAGUUGAGUUGGAGCUUCGGAGGCGCGAACAGCAAGACGAGCAGAAGCAGAAGAAGCAGACAGAAGCAGAGCCAGAAAACAACUUACAGCAGGAGAGCUACGCUCGAGACAACGACGCUUACAUAUAUCUUCUAUCUACAUACAUAUUACACCUUUCUUCUGGGCUUCUUAACAUGGCCGGUGUCCUCGUUGAUACGCCUCUCGGGGCUCCCUCACUACCAAAAUCCACCCUCAACGAUGCGAUUCCAGAUAUCGACCCGCUAGAGGGCUCGACAAACGAUGACGAAGACGGAUAUUCCAUCUUGAAGCGAUAUCAGAGACACCUAGAGUAUAUACAGCUACAGGAAGAAUACAUCAAGGAUGAGCAGAGGAGUCUUAAGCGGGAGCUCGUCCGGGCACAGGAAGAGAUUAAGCGUAUUCAAAGUGUGCCUUUGGUUAUUGGCCAGUUCAUGGAGGCUAUUGAUCAGAAUACCGGUAUCGUCCAGUCGUCAACAGGCUCCAAUUAUGUCGUCCGUAUUCUUUCAACUCUCGACCGCGAGAAGCUGAAGCCGUCCUCCUCCGUUGCUCUCCACCGACACUCCAACUCAUUGGUUGACAUUCUUCCUCCUGAGGCAGACUCAUCCAUUGCCAUGCUUGGAGCAAAUGAGAAACCAGAUGUAACGUAUGCGGAUGUCGGAGGUUUGGACAUGCAGAAGCAGGAGAUCAGGGAGGCUGUUGAGCUACCGCUUACGCAUUUCGAUCUUUACAAGCAAAUUGGUAUUGAUCCACCUCGCGGUGUACUGCUAUAUGGUCCGCCGGGUACUGGAAAGACAAUGUUGGUCAAAGCAGUAGCCAACAGCACAACGGCCAACUUUAUCCGAGUAGUAGGAUCCGAGUUUGUACAGAAAUACCUAGGUGAAGGUCCUCGAAUGGUUCGUGAUGUUUUCCGGAUGGCCCGCGAAAACUCGCCGGCUAUCAUCUUCAUUGACGAGAUCGACGCUAUUGCCACGAAACGUUUCGAUGCCCAAACAGGCGCAGACAGAGAAGUCCAGCGUAUCCUCCUCGAGUUGCUCAAUCAGAUGGAUGGGUUCGACCAAACCAGCAACGUCAAGGUCAUCAUGGCCACCAACCGAGCGGACACACUUGACCCUGCCCUGCUUCGUCCUGGUCGUCUUGACCGUAAGAUUGAGUUCCCGUCGCUGCGAGAUCGACGAGAACGACGCCUAAUCUUCACUACUAUUGCCGGCAAGAUGUCGCUGUCGCCAGAGGUCGACCUCGACUCGCUCAUUGUCCGCAACGACCCCCUCUCUGGGGCUGUCAUCGCAGCUAUCAUGCAGGAGGCUGGUCUGCGUGCUGUGCGAAAGAACAGAUACAACAUCAUCCAGUCCGACCUUGAGGAUGCUUACUCCAGCCAGGUCAAGGGAGGACAGGACUCUGACAAGUAUGUAUUGUUCUUGCUCCACCUAUUUCCAUUCCAACCAGGCUAACACAACUCCUCUUUUUUCGUCUGUGUAGGUUCGACUUCUACCGCUAAACUGAGGCCAGAGUAGCUGGCUUCCAUGAUGCUGUACCAUUAGAGAGUUGAAUCCAAGCGUUCUCGUCCAUGUCCUGUCGUCCUGUCGUCCUGAUGUAGCCAUCUGUAGCCAUCUUCGUUAUCCCGUGAUUGUAGCUUAACAAAAAAAAAGCGUGCCUGGCAGCGAUCCACGUCAUAGUGGUGAUUGGCGGC